GGCAUCGCGGCUCUACCAAUUUAUACCCGAGGAAGAUGGCGGUGGCGCUGAAGAAGCAGAGGAGGCGGCAGCCACGGCGCUGAAAGCAAAGGAGACGUGCUCCAGACGGUCGAGGGAGGCGUUUAGCAAAAAGGGAAAAUUACAGUACAACCAGCAGAAGUGAUUGCGUGAAGCUCCACCCCUCCCCAAGCCUUCGUCCCAUUGGUUAAAGCAGCAAAGAUGGCUGUCCAUUGAGUAGAAACCCCUUUCCAAUCGGCUGGAGUUGGUUAUUGGCAUCUCUUCGUUUUCCUGCUCCCUCCCAAUACAUAACUUUGGGCUGGUUGUUAUCCCGAACCCUGACCCUGAACUGCGAGAAAAGGGGCAGGUAACUGCGCCGCUUUCCCCGAAACCCCCCUUCCUUUGGUCCAGCUUUUUGGAACAAGGCUUUCAUAUUGUUUGGUCGGUUCCAUUUCACCUCUUUCCAUCCGUUCCCUGCCUUGGCUAUAAAUCCUCAGCUCAAAAGUCUGGCUGGAGCUGUCUUCCCUUGGCAGCCUCUUUUUCCUCGUUUUUGCCCUGGGUCUAUUUACCUGUCCCUCUUUUCCCAAAGACCUUACUUUGUGACUGUCUGCCUUGACCCUUGAGUCACCAUCAGUAGUCAGCCUAUCAGUCUAAAUCAAAAUAUCGAUUCUAUUUAUUAAAUUUUUUUGGUAGGAGCAAAGUUCUAUUUGUAAUUCUGAGGGGAUUUUUACUUCAAUCAAUCCACUUUAAUAACCAGGAACUCUGAAAUUUCAGUUUCCUGCGCAGGGUAGGAUAGUAUCCCUGGAUCUGGAAGCCCUUAUUUUAACUGAGGACUCCCUGGCCCCUUUCCCCGACACCUUCAAUCUUGGCUCUUUCUUUCCCCCACCUCUUUUUCUGAGAAGCUACUUUGCAAGGCUCAGUGCCACGUUAGCAGGGGCUUCAAUAUCUCCUCCAGUGUCUCUUUGUGCAGGCCACACAGAGCAGGAGGAAGGGGGAGCCCACUUUCUGCAUAUAGCUGGGUGGUGGGCAGGUGCUAAUGGAACGCAGAAGAGUCUGACUGUCCUAGUGGCAGAGUCGUGCAGCUCCUCUUUUUUGAGGUUCAGGCCCACCUCUUCAAAGGGAGGACAGGACUUGUGGAGGGAAGGGUUGUUUCUCUUUGAGGACCUAGCACCCCUCUCCACGUGCCCCUCACCUACCAUGGCAGCAAAAGGGAAGCGGAGUGGCCAGCAGUGGCCUGAAGACCAGCUGAUCCAGCAGCACGGGCUGCACUCGUUGCACCGCAUGUUCCAGAUCGUGGGGGCCCAGCUCACCCACCGGGACGUGCGGGUGCUCUCCUUCCUCUUUGUGGACGUCAUCGCCGACUACGAGCGGGGACUGAUCCGGAGCGGCCGCGACUUCUUCCUCGCCCUGGAGCGGCAGGGGCGCUGCGACGAGACCAACUUCCAGCACGUGCUGCAGCUCCUGCGCAUCAUCACCCGGCAUGACCUGCUGCCCUACGUCACACUCAAGAGGCGCAAGACUGUGUCACCGGAUCCUGUGGACAAGUAUCUGGAGCAGAGUUCUGUCACCUAUCUUGUACCCCGAAGCCUGGCUGCUGAGGGAGCGACAGAGCACAACAAACCAGGCCGUUUACUGUGUUGUGCCCCCGUGGCUCCUCACCCCCUACGACAGAGAGUGCACCGUGGCCGUGCUGUGGGGGGCCGGCGGGGAAAGCAGAAGAUUGCUGUGCUGGACAGCAAGGAGAAGCAAACCUGCGACAUCCGUCUGCGUGUGAGGGCCGAGUACUGUCAGCACCAGACGGCGCUGGAGGGCAAUGUGUUCUCCAACAAACCUGGGCGGCUGGAGCGCCAGUUUGAGCGGUUUGCACAGGCCAACACCAUCCUCAAGUCCCGGGACCUAGGCUCCAUCAUUUGUGACAUCAAGUUCUCCGAGCUUACAUACCUGGAUGCCUUCUGGAGGGACUACAUCAAUGGCUCACUGCUAGAAGCCUUGAAGGGCGUCUUCAUCACCGACUCGCUCAAGCAGGCCGUGGGCCACGAGGCCAUCAAGCUGCUGGUCAAUGUGGACGAAGAUGACUACACAGCGGGUCGGCAGCGGCUGCUGCGCAAUCUCAUGCUGCAGCACGGGCCCUGAGGGUGCAGGGCAAAGGGCAGCUGUCCCCCACCACACCAGCUGAGGGAGGGUGGGGAGGGAUUCAGAAGUCUCAUUCCUCCCCCUUCCACUCUCUCUAUCGACCACUUACUCUUUCACCUCUCCUCCCCUCCCCACCACCACCACCACAGCCCUCCUCAUUCUUUCUCCAGUUCUCCUGCCCGCCCCAACUCCUUGGGCUCCCGGUUCUUGGUCUAUCACCCACCCUCCCAGCCC